CUCAUCCUUUAUUCUCAUCUCUUCUCCCCCAACAAAAAAAAAAACACAACACAAAAAAGAAUCAAAGAAAAACAAGCAUGAUGAAACUCUCUUCAUUCCAUCUCAUGAACCCUAAACUCCUCCACCUUCCAAAACUCCCCAAAACCCUAAAACCACUUCCAAAACUCCCCUCAAACCUUUCUUCACACUUCAAACAAUGCAUCAAAACUGAAGUAAUUCUGAAACAAGCCCCAAAACAAGACAUUUCAGAGCUUGUUGUGAGUAGUGGUUUUCAAGUCCCCAAAUGGGUCAUAAUGGGAAGCACUUCUCUUGGCCUUGCUUUUCUUAUUCUAGGGUUAGGGUUAGGGUUAGGGUUUGAAAUGAAGGCCAUGGCUUUAGGACCUGAAGGGCCAAUUGUGGAGGAGUUUUGGGACAACAUGAGAAGGUAUGGACUGUAUAUUUUGACAGUGAGCAGUGGUGCAAUUUACACUAUUUUGCUGCCACUUAUUGAGCUUUUGAAGAACCCUUUUACUGCUUUGGUUUUGGUUGUUGUUGUUGUGGCUGCCUUUUAUCUCAUUUCCACUGUUCUUGGUGCCAUGACUGGUCUCUCUGAUUUCUCUUAUCAAUACAGCUAUUGAGUUAUUGAGCUA